CAUCAGUAUCUUGAUAUGCCACGCCUGUCAGGUUAUUGGAUAAUCUUAGCAGAGGAGAAAUGCUUACAGUUUGUAGGUAUGGGGGCGUUCCUGGACAAGCCUAAGACAGAGAAGCAUACGGCCCAUGGUGAGGGCAAUGGGCUGCAUUACGGCCUGAGCUCCAUGCAGGGCUGGCGGGUGGAGAUGGAGGAUGCCCACACUGCCAUGGUGGGCCUGCCCCAUGGCCUCACCGACUGGUCCUUCUUCGCUGUCUAUGAUGGGCAUGCCGGCUCCCGCGUUGCCAAUUACUGCUCCGCCCACCUACUGGAGCACAUCCUAUCAGGGGGGGCGGAGUUCACCCCGGGGACGGGCUCAGUGGAGGGUGUAAAGGAUGGGAUCCGCACGGGCUUCCUGAAGAUCGACGAAUACAUGCGCAGCUUCACGGACCUGCGACAAGGGCUGGACCGCAGCGGCUCCACGGCGGUGGGUGUGCUGCUAAGCCCUUUCCACCUCUACUUCAUAAACUGUGGCGACUCCCGGGCCGUGCUGAGCCGAGAUGGACGAGUUGGAUUCUCUACACAGGACCACAAGCCGUGCAACCCCAGAGAGAAGGAGCGUAUCCAGAACGCAGGGGGGUCAGUGAUGAUCCAGAGGGUCAAUGGUUCCCUGGCCGUGUCCAGAGCCCUGGGGGACUAUGACUACAAGUGUGUGGAUGGGAAGGGUCCCACAGAACAACUGGUCAGCCCAGAGCCAGAGGUGUGUGUGUUGGAGCGUGCUGCGGAGGGGGAUGAGUUUGUGGUGCUGGCGUGCGACGGGAUCUGGGACGUGAUGUCCAACGAGGAGCUGUGCGAGUUCGUCAGGUCCCGGCUACAAGUGUUUGACGACCUGGAAAGAGUCUGCACUGCCGUGGUGGACACCUGUCUGCACAAGGGCAGCAGAGAUAACAUGAGUGUGGUGUUGGUGACUUUACCGGGAGCUCCCAAGGUGUCUGAGGAAGCCCUGAAGAGAGAGGAGGACCUGGACAAAUACCUGGAGACACGUGUAGAGGAUUUGCUGGGUAGCUGUGGAGAGGAGGGGGUUCCUGACCUGGUGUCUGUUCUGAGGAACAUCGCCUCUGAGAACAUCCCCAACCUUCCACCUGGAGGAGGCCUGGCCUGCAAGCGCAGUGUGAUCGAGGCGGUGUACAGCAGGCUGAACCCACAAAGAGAAGAGGAAGGGUGUGAUCUGGAGGACCCCUGGUAGUCGUGGUAACUGCGACCCGGUCUCCUCCUGUGAUUGGUCUAGCCACCCAGAGGGAGAAUUGCCUCCUCCACGUGCCCAGUGGACGACGUGUGUGUGUGUGUGUGUGUGUGUGCGUGUGAGGAUGAACACACCCACACACACACUCUGCUUUUCCUUGGGAGGAGUGUGUCUUUGGAGGUGUUGCGGUUGUUGUAAGGACUGAUGAAGCGUCUGGAUGGUAGACGUUUUUUACCAUCCAGGUUUUCUGGUGUUACAUUUUUUUGUUGUUGUUGACAUUGAUCACCUGACUACAUGGACAUGACCUGGGGUGGAUUCAUGUGUUUGUGUGUGUGAGAGAGAAAGGAAAUUUGGAGGUGGGGAUUGGGACCCAGACUGGUUCAAUCUGGUACAUGUCAUGGACUCUGCUGCCUGAAAACCCCAACCGCCCGAACACAUACACACACACACCCUAAAACCUGACACACCAAGCCCUGCAAAUGUACAGUGGGGAGAACAAGUAUUUCAUACACUGCCGAUUUUGCAGGUUUUCCAACUUACAAUGCAUGUAGAGGUCUGUAAUUUUUAUCAUAGGUACACUUCAACUGUGAGAGACGGAAUCUAAAACAAAAAUCCAGAAAGUCACAUUGUAUGAUUUUUAAGUAAUUAAUUAGCAUUUUAUUGCAUGAAGUAAGUAUUUGAUACAUCAGAAAAGCAGCACUUAAUGUUUGGUACAGAAACCUUUGUUUUCAAUUACAGAGGUCAUACGUUUCCUGUCGUUCUUGACCAGGUUUGCACACACUGCAGCAGGGAUUUUGGCCCACUCCUCCAUACAGACCUUCUCCAGAUCCUUCAGGUUUCGGGGCUGUUGAUGGGCAAUACGGACUUUCAGCUCCCUCCAAAGAUGUUCUAUUGGGUUCAGGUCUGGAGACUGGCUAAUCCACUCCAGGACCUUGAGAUGCUUCUUACGGAGCCACUCCUUAGUUGCCCUGGCUGUGUGUUUCGGGUCGUUGUCAUGCUGGAAGACCCAUCUUCAAUGCUCUUACUGAGGGAAGGAGGUUGUUGGCCAAGAUCUCGCGAUACAUUGCCCCAUCCAUCCUCCCCUCAAUACGGUGCAGUCGCCCUGUCCCCUUUGCAGAAAAGCAUCCCCAAAGAAUACUCUUUCCACCUCCAUGCUUCACGGUUGGGAUGGUGUUCUUGGGGUUGUACUCAUCCUUCUUCUUCCUCCAACCAGGGCGAGUGGAGUUUAGACCAAAAAGCUCUAUUUUUGUCUCAUCAGACCACAUGACCUUCUCCCAUUCCUCCUCUGGAUCAUCCAGAUGGUCAUUGGCAAACUUCAGACGGGCCUGGACAUGCGCUGGCUUGAGCAGGGGGACCUUGCGUGCGCUGCAGGAUUUUAAUCCAUGACGGCGUAGUGUGUUACUAAUGGUUUUCUUUGAGACUGUGGUCCCAGCUCUCUUCAGGUCAUUGACCAGGUCUUGCUGUGUAGUUCUGGGCUGAUCCCCCACCUUCCUCAUGAUCAUUGAUGCCCCACGAGGUGAGAUCUUGCAUGGAGCCCCAGACCGAGGGUGAUUGACCGUCAUCUUGAACUUCUUCCAUUUUCUAAUAAUUGCGCCAACAGCGGUUGCCUUCUCACCAAGCUGCUUGCCUAUUGUCCUGUAGCCCAUCCCAGCCUUGUGCAGGUCUACAAUUUGUAUCCCUGAUGUCCUUACACAGCUCUCUGGUCUUGGCCAUUGUGGAGAGGUUGGAGUCUGUUUGAUUGAGUGUGUGGACAGGUGUCUUUUAUACAGGUAACGUGUUCAAACAGGUGCAGUUAAUACAGGUAAUGAGUGGAGAACAGGAGGGCUUCUUAAAGAACAACUAACAGGUCUGUGAGAGCUGGAAUUCUUACUGGUUGGUAGGUGAUCAAAUACUUGUGUCAUGCAAUAAAAUGCAAAUGACAUACAAUGUGAUUUUCUGGAUUUUUGUUUUAGAUCCCGUCUCUCACAGUUGAAGUGUACCUAUGAUAAAUUACAGACCUCUACAUGCAUUGUAAGUAGGAGAACCUGCAAAAUCGGCAGGUUAUCAAAUAUUUGUGCUUCCCACUGUAUCUCUCUCUCUCUCUCACACAGAGGGUGGGGGGUCCACGUGCUACAUGUUGCGGUUAUACACCACCCCCCCAUCCCUCACAACCCUCUGCUCCACGCAACAGCUACUGAACAGGUAUUGGUUAAAACUGAUCCCACCUGGCCCCCUAUGUGCCACACCACAGCUACAGGGUGGGUAUUGGUUCAAACUGAUCCCACCUGACCGCCUCUGAUUGGUUCCUCCUGAUGGAUGGAGACUUCUGAUCAUGUUUAUUUUUAUGUUUGCUGUAGGAUAAACAAAGGAGAAGAGCGGUAAAAAGGAGAGGAGUGCUGAAUCCCAAACCAGUCCCUUCCACUCGCUCCAAUGCCCUCGAUUUGUGCAUUCAUGUGAGCCCGCCAUAUGCAUGUGUCCCAAAGCCGAGGGAGUGGAAAUAUUGAGGGGUUUAGGUCUAAUUUAGUCUCUCCGAUAGACACUUCAACCUGGCUUCACAGCAAAGUAAUAUUCCAACACGCACCACAAAGUGCAAUUUCAUAAAUAACAUUGAAAAGUCUUGCCUAAUGAUAAGGCACGUGCAUUUAUUUUGUGAAGCAGUGAAAUACAUCCCAAAUUAAAUGUUCAACUGUUAGUGUGGUUUAAAUCUCGUUAAACAAUGGGGAACUUCUCAAUUUGACUUGCAUGUCCAUUUUUACAUGUCCAUUUUAUUGAACUUGAAAUGAAUCGUUAAAGUCAUGACUUUGUCCCGAAGUUGGUUGGGGUUAUUGAUUUGACACGCUGGAAACCAGCAUCAGUCUUGUCAGGAAGUGUGACAAUGGAGUGAUUUCCGAGAGUUGGUAGAGGCGAGGGACUGGUUUGGGACUCCAGAGGACUACAGCGGUUUCUGUUCUCUCUGGUAGGGGUGGGCUCACAAUGGUGGACUCUGGGCGUGGUGGGGUUCCGUGUGAUUAUGUCUGUGUCACAGGCUGGACUGGGGGAGGGAGGGAUCAGGGGUUAGGGUAGAGUUUCUCAAACUGUGGCAUGUGGGGACCCCAAGGGGAGCACAUUUGAGUUUUUUGCACUAACACUACACAGCUGAUUCAAGCACUCAAAGCUUGAUGAUGAUGUUCAUUAUUUAAAUCAGCGGUGUGGUGCUAGGGCAAAAAAACUAAACGUGGACCGAGUUUGGGAAACACUGGGGUUAGGGUGUCUUGGUUGGACCUGCUGCAUCAAAAACAGACCGCUCCUGAACCUCACCUACUCCCCUCCGCUCUUCUGAUCAAAGAGGAUCAAUAGUUAACCUGAUCACUUUGAUCAAAAACGGACAUCUCCUGGACCCCACCGUCUCACCUUAUUCCCCUCCGCUCUGCCCACCUGAGUAAAGCAGGCUCAAUAGUUAACCUUGGCCCGGUUUCCCAAGAACGUUAGAUACGUUGUCGUUAAAUAUGUGAGCAGUUUCCCAAAACCAUCGUUAUUAACGUUGCACUUGAAGAUGCUCGUAAUCUAACGUCUGCAUCAGAUCACCUCAGAACAGCCGAGUUAGAUGCUUUUUUUGCCCUUCCACGUCACUUUAUACACAAGAUCUCCGCUAAACAUAAUCACAUGGUUUAUCAGUCUCUGUGACCACCUAUAACUUCAGAACAAAGUUGACUACAAAUGUCUUUGCCAUUGAAACAGUGGGAGGCGACAUAAAAAGAUGCUUCAAAUGUACUGUACUGUAGGAUACUGUCUGUAAUUUGUAUCAAUAUAUUUCAUCACGUGUAGCCUAACAAAUCAGUGAUAUGGUGCAUUUGUUAUUGGGUAAACGUUAAAAAAAUAAGCCGACUCGAUAUUUGCAACUGUAGGUGGUAAUGUGUCUCUAGAAGCUGAUCCGUAGUCAGUUUUGUGAAAGAAAUAUAAUGUAAAGGAAAGAUUUGAGUGGAUAAAAGCUGAUCUGAGAGCAGCACUCCCGUUCGAUCCUAUCAGUAGCAACACAUAUGCUCCAACGAUGCAUUUAGCGACCGUUCUCUACGAGUGGUGUUUUUGGAAACUCAUGUUAUAUCUUCGGCGGUUGUAGGAAAGUUGCAUCGUUAAAACAGUUGUAAGCCUAAGGUCCAUCGCUAUCGUGAAACCGGGCCCAGAUCACAUUGAGCAACAUUCACGCGUAGCUGUUGAUUUUACGGAGUAUUACCAAGCUAAAGUUGAAUUCAAAUCAGUCUCUGUAAACUAGGAAAUGUGGAGUUGUUUAAGAAUAUUUAGGAGCUUUAGCUAAAUCUUUGGUCCUGCUUUGUGACAUCAACCCCUGGUUGGCCGCCAGACGCCCUACUCCACAAUGUGAUGUCGUCAUAGACUGCAGGGCAACUUCCUGGUUACGGAAAACACCAACACAAUUCAAAUUUGCCAAAACUGACACUUGACUCUUCCCAAUGUGAUCAGUCUUCUUGGCAGAUAAAAAUGUUGCUGUUGUCUGUAAAGCAGAGCGCUGCCCCAUUUUGUGUAUGAUGUCAUAUGGUGGAGUGUACCUUUUUUUUAAACCCAGGUAGAGUCCUAGUGUUAAUCCUGUGUACCUGGUUCAGACUACAUCGGUAAUGUUUGUAUUUGCUGUUGUUUGAUUGCACUCACAUUUGAUUACAGAAAGUGUCUAUAUAUGAAAUAAAAUACCUGCCAAGGA